AUGAAGGGUCUAUUCUCCGGCGCGGAGCCGAUGCCCCCUGUGUUUUCCGCGCUCGCCGCGCUCCUUCUCGGCGCGGGCGCUCAGAUCCAAGCGUAUUUGACGUGCGGGGAGGGUGUCGGCCGUGGUAUGAACUGGGUCUGGUACUUCGACGCUCGCAAACACAAGGACGAGCUGUGGCGAUGGGACGACGUCGUUGCUGCGCUGGCGAAGAAGCCCGAUGGAGCGGACUUGGAGCGGUUGCCGGUGUAUGUGCUGGAUAGCUUCAAGCUGUGCAAAGAUUACGUGCGGGAUCAUGCGGGUGAUGGUGAGCUGGAGGGUUGGGACAGUCGCAGGCUGGCACAAGAGGCCUUUCCAUGGGUUGCCUCUUCAUCGUGA